CUAUAGGGAAGCACAGUGCAAGGAUGACUGAAGUUCCUAUUACACUAAUUUGUUCUCAGUCAGCUUAGAAAUGACACAGGUGCAACGAUCGGCUCGUUACUUGGCAGUGAAAAUACCAGUGAUUGCCAGUGUAGUUUCACUUUUGAUGCUCGAUCGAGCAGACGUGUAAUUUUCCUCGUUUUCCGGGACGGUCUUCCAGCUGUCAUAAUCGUCCUACGAUCGUUUCGUUCGCGUCACAUUGUUACCUCUAAAAAAUCAUUGCUAUUCGAGGUCUUCUCGAGUAACAAAAUUCUAUGAACUUUGUUACUUCGCCGAAUGAAUUUCGCGAGGUAUCUCUUCAUCCGGAGGAAAAAUUCCAAGGAAGAGAAGACGGAAGCGGAGGUAAACCGAAACUGGCUUGUGAUUAAGAAUGAGGAGAAGGAGAAGUCGAAGAGGAAAUGGAGAGAGAGUUCAUCCACGAUCGAGUGGCGGUCAUUCGGACUCGGUGACCUCGAUCCCCGAUCGGACACGACGUCUCCUUUCACUUGGAGAACUUCUUUCGGCAGCUCUUUCGAGGAACACGAUUCCAUUCUAUCGCGGACUCAGUCCGCUUGGAAUAGGCCGGCUUGACGCCGCGUUACCUGUCUGCUCAGCCUUUUAGAUUUCACUUUCAUAAAACUCGCCGGAUGAAAAUGCAACACUUGGAAAGCUGAGGGAAGAAGAAGUAAUACGUAGUCGAGAUCCCUUUGACGGAAAGAUGUCGAGCACGAAGGUCGUCCUAUUGAACCUGUGCAUCCUGCUGCUUCUCUACGAUCACGCGACGAGCCUGAUUAUACCGGAAGAGCUGCCCACGAUUCUCUCGCUGAUCUACUCCAAUAUUCCUCCGAUUAAGAAAGGUACCGAUUCGAGGGUCGGCGUGGGCUUCCGGUUGGGAGAGCACGCGGAUUUUCAGGUGCUCGUGGAGCUGGGACCGCAAACGGAAACCGAUCCGAUUGGCAAUGCCGAGUCGAAGAGACGCAGAGAUGCGAUGUUGACUGCUGCGAUGAAAGGAGAACUUGGACCUCUGGCCCAGGCAGUCGCGAAGUACCAAAUGGAACGGAAGUUGCAGAGAGAAUUGGAGAGAAUAAAGAAGAUGGAAGAGAGUUUGAAAGAAGCGACUACUGUGGAAAACAAAGAGAAGAAGAGCGCAGCCAGCGAGUGGCUGGCAAAGUGGAGCAAGGACAUGAUUAAAUCGUCCGAGGAUCAAGCAUCCUUGGAAGAUAUCGAAGAAAACUUAUCGAUACCUUCGAAAAACCAGCAGGCCGUACAGAAAAUAGGACGAGCUCCUGAACCGAACCGCAAGAAAGGCACCAUCUCAGAUUUGACGAAAUUGUACAAAGUACAAAGUGAAGAUAAAACUGAAUGAUUUAAUAUUUUGUGGUUCAAAUAGCUAGUGUUUAAAACUAGAAAUAAGAAAGUUACCAUCUACAGAUAUUUAAAUAUACUGUAGAUAUGUUUAUAGCUAUUUAUAGAUCUGUAUGGUGAAAGUGAUAAGACACUGAAGAAACCUAAAUUGAUUAACACUGCCACUAUGCCAAAGUAUUUUACAUGUAAUUGCAGGGAAAGCGUGUCAAACCAGUGAAAGCUGUCAUUUUUCAUACAAUGAAAAACAUGAACGAAGAAAAACAUUUACAGUAUAGAAAUUGUAAUAAAGUGUCAGAAAUUGAUGAUAAAAA